GGUCCCCGCAGCUCCUCCUCCACCACACUCCAUGGUAACAUGCGGGAGGAGGUCACUGACCGUCAGCUUAGGACAUAGGAGUCUUCUGUGCAGCACCAUGACUGGCAUCCAGCGGAUCCUGUGAGCCUGGGCUGGACACAAUGCACGCCAUCUGCAGCCUUUGGCUUGACUUGGCCACUCGUGGUCCCAUCUUCACCUUCCCGUAAGAUUUGUCCCCACAGAACCUGAUUGGGUAAUAUUAACCCGAAACUGAAAGAAGGACAUUCCAAGGUUUUAUAGAUCCAAACAGUGUUAUCUGAGAUGGCAAGACUUCGGAGGAAAGCAUGUAUUGCUCUUUUCCUUUUUACUCUUUUUAUUUUUGGAACGAUGAUGGGCUUGAGAACUUUGAAGCCCACUGAUGGCUUUUCAGCCCUGGCUCCUGGCCUAGAACUUAUGCCCUUUGGUGAACAAUCCGAGAAAAGGUCUGUUUCCAGUGACGUUAUUUCUCAGCCACAAGGCACUGCAAAUGCAGCAGACCAAACAAAAGUGUACUAUGAUCUUCAUGUUUUCUACUACAUGUGGUAUGGGAAUCCUAAGUUUGAUAACAAUUAUAUCCACUGGGAUCAUGUGAUGGUACCUCAUUGGGAUCCAAAAAUAUCAGCAAGUUACCCUAAAGGUAGACAUAGUCCACCUGAGGACAUUGGUUCCAGCUUUUACCCUGAGUUAGGACCCUACAGUUCUAAAGACCCAGCGGUCCUCGAAGAACAUAUGAGGCAGCUGAGGGCAGCUGCUAUAGGAGUAUUAGUGCUGUCAUGGUAUCCCCCUGGCACAGCAGAUGAAAAUGGGGAAGCAGUGGAAAACCUGGUACCAUUGGUCCUGGAUUCUGCCCACAGAUAUGAAAUAAAGGUGGCAUUUCAUAUUCAGCCAUACAAAGGACGUGAUGACCGAACGCUUCAUGAAAAUGUUAAAUACAUCAUUGACAAUUUUGGAUCCCAUGCAGCAUUUUACAGAUAUAAAACAAGUACUGGUAAAAGCCUUCCUUUCUUCUACAUUUAUGACUCCUAUCUAACACCACCUGAGUCUUGGGCAAACCUGCUGACCGUGACUGGCUCACAUUCUAUUCGAAACACCCCUUAUGAUGCAGUGUUUAUUGGCCUGUUGGUAGAAGAAGGACACAAGCAUGAUAUCCUUACAGCUGGUUAUGAUGGCAUUUACACCUACUUUGCCUCCAAUGGUUUCUCAUUUGGUUCCUCACACCAAAACUGGAAAACUAUCAAAAGCUUUUGUGAUACCAACAAUCUCAUGUUUGUACCAAGUGUUGGUCCUGGUUACAUAGACACGAGCAUCAGACCAUGGAACAAUCACAACACCAGGAAUAGAGUUAACGGAAAGUAUUAUGAAACAGCUUUUCAAGCUGCCCUCACUGUCCGACCAGAAAUAGUUUCUAUCACAUCUUUUAAUGAGUGGCAUGAGGGUACUCAGAUUGAAAUAGCUGUUCCAAAGAAAACCGCCACACGUCUCUAUUUAGAUUAUUUGCCACACCAGCCUGAUCUGUACCUUAUUCUUACAAGGAAAUGGGCAGAACAUUUUAACAAGGAGAAGGAACAAUGGCUUAUGUGAGCUCAAGAAUCAACAUUUCUGGCCUGGAUGAAGUUAAAACAAUUGUUUGGACCUUCUCUAGACAAACCUGUCAGACUCUCAUGAUGUACCAGAGUUGUGCUGCUCACCAUACUUUGAUGAAGCAUGCAUCUACGACUGGCACUUGCUGGAAGAAAUAUUAGUGGGCAGCUUGAAAACAAA